AUGGCGGCGACAGGUUCCUCAUUGGCACGAGGUGUCGGUGCUAAAGCCGAGGCCCCCAAGGCAAAGGCCAAGCCUGCAGCAGCGGCACCCACCACUUCGAAGUACGCCAGCACGACUACCACCGCGCCAGUUCAGGUGGCACCCGCAAGCGUGCUGAACAUUGUGAGUGGCAAGCCCGUGCCGGCCGGAGAGACGAGCGGCGCUGCCUAUGCCACCAGCACCGUAGGACCUGCCAGAGGUUAUGCCAAGGCAGCUGGUGCCGUACUUCCAGCCACGGCGACAGGGCCCGAUGGCAAGGCUCUCGACGUGCCCAAGGCGGGACCUCCUGCGGUGGCUGUGGGCCGGGCACUGGCAGAGGGCCGCAGCCCUGCCUUCUCCAUGGCAGACGGUAAGCUCCGUGCCACUAUUGGAAAGAAGUACCAGAUCGUCUUCGUCACAAGCGAGGUCGCACCGUUCUCCAAGACUGGAGGACUCGGAGAAGCCAUGGACGGUUUGCCCAUUGCGCUGGCAGCCCUGGGCCAUCGUUGCAUGGUGAUCUCGCCACGCUACGACCAGUACAAGGAGGCGUGGGACACCGGUUACUGGAGCUCCCUGCCGAUGGGUGGUAAGAACGAAUCUGUGCACUUCUUCCACACCUACAAGCAGAAGGUUGACUAUGUCUUCGUCGAUCACCCCACAUUCCUGGAGAGGGUCUACGGACAGACAGGAGCCAAGUUGUACGGCCCGGAGUGGGGGCAGGACUUCGCAGACAAUCAGGCGCGAUUCGCCUAUUUCUGCAAGGCGGCAUUGAAGGCCAUUCAGGAGCUGCCUCUGGGCGGCGCCGUGUACGGUGGCGAUUGCAUGGUCGUCUGCAACGAUUGGCAUUCGGCCCUUGUUCCGAUGUUCAUCCAUGCUGAGAAAGCCACAGGCAAGUGGCAGAACACGAAGUCCGCCUUUCUGAACCACAACGCCGUGUUCCAGGGCCGGUUCGUGCGCGAAGAAGGAUUGGCCGGCAUCUUCGGAGUGCCAGAGCGCUACAUCGACAGCAUCACCUUCAAGAUGCCCCUUCGCAUCGGAAAAUACAACGAGAAGGUCAGCUGUGUCAAUUCCAUGGCAGCUGGCCUUCGAUAUGCCGACAGGGUCCUCACCGUGUCCCCGAGCUAUGCCGUGGAGUGCUGCACGGACCCGGAGAAGGGUGUUGAACUGGAAGACCUUUUCGCCCUGGGCAAGUGCACAGGAAUUCUCAACGGCGUGAAGGAAGGAGUCACUCCCAGCGACAAGAACUUCGUCACGAAGACCAUGAUGUCGUGCGGAGUCUUUACUGCUGCCACGGCAGCGGAGGCAAAGGCUGAGCUCAAGGCCACCUACCGAGCACAGAAUAACCUCCCCGAGUCCAAGGGACCGUUGAUGUGCUUUAUUGGAAGGCUGGAUGCCCAGAAGGGCUAUGACCUGCUCCUGGAGUCCUUGGUGGAGAUCCUCGAGGACACCGAGCUCCAGGUUGUCAUCGUCGGCUCCGGCCGAGCAGACCUCGUAGCACAGACCAAGGCCGUGGAGAAGAAGUAUCCCAGCAAGUUCUUCUACGCAGGCUGGAUGGGCCCGGAGCGCUAUGCUCUCCUCGCUGGCUGCGACUUCACGCUGCUGCCUUCCAGGUGGGAGCCCUGCGGCCUCGUACAGAUGGAGGCAAUGCGCAUGGGAACCCUGCCCAUCGUCGCCCCCACCGGCGGCUUGAAAGACACCGUGGAGGAUGGCCUCAACGGCAUUUGGACGGACAAGGAAAUGUCCGUCGAGGCCGUGGUAGACGAGGAGUCCGUGGCGUCGAUCUCGAAAGCCUUGAAACGAGCUGCAGAUCUGUACAUGCAGGAGCCCGCCAAGGUCAAGGAGAUGACAAAGGCCGCCAUGGCAGCUUCCGCAGAGUUCACUUGGAGCAAUGCGGCCUUGCAGUACGAGGCCGUUUUCGAGGAGCUGGGCGUGAAGGAGAUGCUCGGGGGUGCCACUGCAAUGGUUACUCUGGAAGCCGACAAGCAGGCCUGUGACUGGCACCGUAAGACGCAGGAACAGAAUCAAGAUGGUCGUUCUGCCAUAGAGGUUGCUUCAUUAGGCGUUUGGGAGAUCAUUGCACCAGCCUGGAAGCCGUGGAAGCUUUUUGUAGCCAUGGGACUCCGGGCCUGUGCCUGCACAACGCAUCUUCUCACUCUGCAGCUUUCGGCCUCGAGAGUCAGCCUAGAGCCGCUGCAAGACGCAGCAGCUGAGCUGGUCGAAGGCAUGGACGAGGAUGCUGACGCUCCAGACAAUGCCUUGCAUUCACCAGACUGCCAUGAGCUAAUGGCACAGAUUACACAGCAGGAACAUCUCCUGGAAGACAAAGACUCUGCCUGCGACAUCGUCUCUGAAGGCCCCGAGCUGGGACGCUUCACUUCGAGACUUCGAAGGCACAGGCCACAGCCUCCAGCUGCUCCUCCGCCGACAAAGCGGCCUGGGCGACUGCUGGGCGUGCAGGAACCUGGUUCAUCUUUUUCUGCGGGCGCUGAGGAGUUGCCUGCGCUUCAGCACUUGGCCCAGCUCGAGCAGGCCGUUCUUUCUGGCUCAGCAUUGCCGGCGCUGCCGAUCUGGGGUCAAAUGGGUCAAGGUGCUUCGCCGCCUCCCAGGAGCGCGGCACCAAAAAUGCCUAGAUACCCC